CACAGGUCCAAAGAGCAAGAAACGUAAAGCUCAUGUUAGUUUAGUAAAUGCACGCUUCAGGUGCAGAUCUUUUUUUAUAGUUAUAGGAGGUGCUUUCUAAACUGAUCACUGCUUUUCAAUUAUUUCCCAAUUAAGCUUUUUUUUUUCCUUUGGAACUUAGACGUCAGGAACUUGUAUCGGAUACCUGCUGCUCCUGUCUGCUCUUUUGGCAGACUAUGAGGAAAAUGGCUAAAUUUUUACCGACCUGCAUCUUUAUUUUGAUCGCGUCCCAGCUGGUCGACUCAUCCGGUGUGUUCGAGUUGAAAGUGCACUCGUUCACCAAUCCCGGCGGUGUGUGCAAGAACUCGCCGAAGUGCCAGAUCUUCUUCCGCGUGUGUCUCUCACACUCGCAGGACGUGAUCCUGGCUAAACCUUUGUGUUCAUACGGCAGCGGACACACGGACAUCUUCAGCGCCGAUCCAAGCUCCAUUGCCAAGAGCGCGCCCAUUAAAGUGCAUUUUAAUUUCAAAUGGCCGGGAACAUUUUCGUUGAUCAUUGAAGCGUGGAAUGGAGAAUCCCUGUCCAACCAGUCCACAGAAAACCAAGAAAACCGGAUUAGAUUUCUGGCAACUAAGAGCAGCCUAACAGUGGGCGAGAACUCGAAGCAGGACGAGCUCCUGGGGGAUCAGAGUGAACUGCACUGCUCGUACCAUGUCAUGUGCGAUGAGUUUUACUACGGCGAGAGCUGCUCAGACUUCUGCCGCCCGCGGGACGACAAAUUCGGCCACUUCACCUGCGACUCGUCCGGGCAGAAAGCAUGCUUAUCGGGAUGGAAAGGCGUUUACUGCGACGAGCCCAUCUGCUCGCCUGGCUGCAGUGACAAGCACGGUUAUUGUGAGACCCCUGGUGAGUGCAAGUGUCGCCUCGGGUGGCAGGGCCCCCUCUGCGACGAGUGCCAGAGGCACCCUGGCUGCUUGCAUGGGACUUGCAGCCAGCCGUUUCAAUGCAACUGCAAGGAAGGCUGGGGUGGCCUAUUCUGCAAUCAAGACCUUAACUUCUGCACCAAUCAUAAACCAUGCAAGAAUGAUGCCACAUGCACGAACACGGGCCAAGGGAGCUACACUUGCACCUGCAAGCCUGGCUUCAGUGGCACGAACUGCGAGACCGAAACCAACGAGUGCAGCAGCAAUCCAUGCAAGAACGGUGGCAGCUGUAAUGAUCUGGUGAACGACUACUCGUGCACAUGCCCCCAAGGCUUCUAUGGAAAGAAUUGUGAGGAGAGCGCUAUGACGUGUGCAGACAGACCAUGCUUCAACGGUGGGACCUGUGUGGAAUCAACAACUGGAAGUUAUUCCUGCCGAUGCCCUGCCGGUUACAUGGGUUCCAACUGUGAGAAGAAAAUUGACCGUUGCAGCAGUGACCCCUGUGCCAAUGGAGGCCAAUGUCUAGACCUGGGUCACAGCCUAUCGUGCCGAUGCCGCCCUGGCUUCAAAGGACUGCGUUGUGAGACCAACAUUGAUGAGUGCGCCCGGAAUCCGUGUCGCAACGCAGGCACCUGUGUAGAUGGCAUUAACGACUACACAUGCAAGUGCACAUUGGGCUUCACAGGAAAGGAUUGCAGCGUGCGUGCUGAUGCUUGCAGCCUCCUGCCCUGCAAAAAUGGUGGCACAUGCUUCACUCACUUCACUGGGCCUGUGUGCCAGUGCCCUCCAGGAUUCAUGGGUACUUACUGCCAGAUGAGCCAGAUACCCACCAAGCCUCCAGCUGUAGCAAGUUUCCCAGAAGGCCCAGCCAUCUCCUUUACUCUGUGCCUCCUCACGCUGGCGCUGGUGCUGUUUGCUGCCAUCAUCCUCCUCAGGCAGAUGAGACGGGGCAACCAAUCCAUGUUCUCCUCUGUGCGCAACAACCUGGAGACCAUCAACAAUCGCAACUCUGUGAUCUCUAAUGUUCAACCCAGCUACAAAGAAAAAGAAGCUUUCCUCAUCCCUGGUGGUCCAUUCAAGGUAUCCAACAAGGAUGCAGCGCUCAACUCCGGCAUCAUGGAUACACUUUGUAAUGACAAAGCCAACAACAAGCAAAAUAUGUUUGACUACAAUCUGGCCAAAGAUGAAAAAAAUACAAAGGACAAGUUAGACCUGAAAAACUCAGAGUCUUCUAUAUUAGUUCCCCAUUUGAGCUUUCCUAAAGAAGACUUUUAUCAUCCUGUAUACAUCAUUCCUGAACAAAUAGAACCACGUGUUUUUGCUACUGAGGUUUAACAGUAUUGUCUGGAGCAUAUCUGGAGCACCUCAAUCAUCACCAGGCUUUGCCUGAACAUGUUUACAUUAUUUAUAUAUAUAUAUAUAUAUAUAUAUAUAUAUAUAUAUAUAUAUAUAUAUAUAUAUAUAUAUAUAUAUAUAUAUAUUGACAUAUUUAAUAUUUAUUGAUGCUGCUCAUAUGAAAGGACUACUUUUUGCUGUGAACAAUGUUGCACAGACAAAGCAAGAGAAGCAGAAGAGCUUUUUUUGGGCGGGGGGGUUAAAUUGCAUAAUUUGCACUACAAUUUACUUUUUUUAAUAUAUCCAUUACAAAUGAAAAAAUAUAUACAUAUAUCCAUACUUUUUUUAACAAAAGAAAAAUGAACUCUAUGGAACAACGGAAACGAAUCAAAGGACGCUUAAUCACAAAAAGGAGGGGCCUUUUCGCUCCAAAUGCCUUUCAGUGGAAAAAAAGGUGCAUCUCAUUCAAGAAGAGCGCACUUUAUACCAAACGAGGCCUUGCAUCUAGUCAAUCAAAGCUAAAUAAAGCCAAUGUAGCUCAGAAGCCUGACCAUGGAAUACGAUGUGGAACGUACAGAACGAGGAUCUGUCUGAUAGGUAAUCAAAUCGAACAAAGGGCAGGUGCUGCUGCAGGCAUGGUGAACACCGGUCAUGGGAAAUGAUCAAAAAUAUUGUGUAAGCAGGAUUUGUUAGACAACAACUUCCACAACGUCCAUAAUGGUAAUGGAUAUUGUGAAAGCAAAGUAAAAAAAAAAAAACAUUAAGUGCCUAUCUUAUUGUGCCCGAAUGAUGAGUACUAAUUUGAAACACUGGAAAUGAUUUGCAACUUUAUAUAGAACUUAUAAAAGAAAGCUAGAAAUAUAUAUUCUGUAUGCAAAGUAGUAUUCCUCAGCAGUCAGGGUUUAAUGGUUAUUUUGUUUUAUACUGUAUAACUUGAUCCUACAGCUGUCUACAAUCACUAAGCUAUUUCUGACAUUCCCAAUGACUUUCAAGAACCUUUCCAGCCAAUAGAAUCACAAUUGUUGAUAUUGUUCCUGUUUUUUUGAAGUUCUGUGUCAGAGUCUUUUAAAAAAAAGACUACAAUAGAGUUUAUUAUAUUUUUUCACUGUAUACCAAAUAGACAACUUUUAUUUGUUAUAUUCAUAUAAUUCCUAAUUUAAUAAUGCAAUGUUGUACAGAACUAUAAGAUGUUCUUACUAUUUAAUUUGUAAAUAAUUUGUAUUUAUGAACAGAAUUGUAUAUAUGACACUGUUAUGUGCCUAUUAUCACAAA